AUGUCAAAGAUAUCACUGAAAUCUUGGUCUCUGUCUUUAACAGGAAAAUCCCAUCUGGCCAUUGUGCAGAAGGUGAACAAUGAAGGAGAGGGCGAUCCGUUCUAUGAAGUCCUGGGCUUGGUCACUCUUGAGGACGUCAUUGAGGAGAUCAUUAAAUCUGAGAUUCUGGACGAGUCCGAUCUUUAUACUGACAAUCGCACCAGGAGAAAGGUGGCACCCAACAAAAACAAGAGAGACUUCUCAGCCUUCAAACAUGAGAGUGAAUCCAAAGUGAAGAUUUCUUCUCAGCUUCUGCUCGCCGCCCAUCGGUUCCUGGCUACAGAGGUGAGCUUGUUCAGCCCGUCUCAGAUCUCAGACAAGGUGCUGCUGCGUAUCCUGCGCCAUCCAGAUGUGAUCCAGGAGAUCAAGUUCAACGAGAGCGACAAGCACUCACUGCAUCACUACGUCUACCAAAGGGGCAAACCUGUCGAUUUCUUCGUGCUCAUACUGCAGGGUCGAGUGGAGGUUGAGGCCGGUAAUGAGAACAUGAAAUUUGAGACCGGACCGUUCUCGUUCUACGGCGUCAUGGCACUAAGUGCUUCUACGUUGGCAGAAUUUCGCUCACCCUCACACCUCAGCGGCCUGAAUCGGACAGCGUCUCUGAGCGGCGCAGAAAGGACAGAGUCCCUCUCCAUCAGCGGCAGCAACAGUCAGCUCAACAACAGUUUCCCUGUACAACAGUACACGCCAGACUUUUACGUCCGCGCCCUCACUGACCUGCAGUUUGUCAAGAUCACACGAACUCAGUCCCAGAACGGUCUGAUGGCGUCCCGUUUAGACAGCAUGCCUCAGUCCCCGGAGAGCGGCCACAAUCCGGCCCGCCUGGACCAAACCAGUCCACUGGUGACCACGACCAACAUCGCCAUCACGGACGUGACCGCGGACUCCAGCGCGAAGGAGAACAGACCUGAUGAGACGAUGCUUCUCCUCCUCAAUGAGCAGAACUCACCGCACACGGCCAACCACCACAGCCAAUUGGAGAACAGCAUCUGAGUCACGCCCCCCCACUACACCACAUUCACUACAUUUGUACGCAUGUACUACUGGGUUUACAUAAUGUACUGGGGAGGCGGUGUGUGUGUGGGGGUGGGGUGGCGGGGGGCUUGUGUGUGCGUGUGUCUGCGUCACAACUUUAUUGUCCCUUAUCAGAGACUCAGGGAGAAUCCCUGACAGUCAAGUGUGAUGAUGCCAGUCAUCCCAGUGCUGCACUGUUCCCACGUCAUCCAUACAACUACAAGACAAAGAUUAGCCUAGCCUAGCAUGUGGGCGGAUUUCUGACAGUCACAAAUGAUCCAUUAAAAAAAUGGGAGUGAUAUAUUUGUUGCUGGAAAUUUGUGUUGUGUGUACACAUAGAAGUGUUGGUUUCCAUUCACUUAUAUUUACAUAUAUUCAUAUAUAUACAUACUUUAUGUGUGUAUGUAUAUUUAUGCAAAUAUAUUUAUAUA